GUAACAGCUGUACUCUGUGGUCAAGUCAAUCAAAUCAAAAGUCAAAAAUUAAAUUGUCUUUUUUUUUAGAGCAAUAAAAAUUACUACCCAAACACAAAGUGAUCGUGAAAUGAAAUUGAAAACAUUUAAUAUAAUUAAAACAUUGAAUGUGUAUGGAGAUGAAUUUACAGACACUAUUCCAGGAUUUUAAUCCCAGUAAAUUCGUCGUUCACACCUGUUUGCUGAUAUUCACGGCUCUGUUAGCCCUAAAGUUGGAUAAUUCCAUAACAUGGUCGUACUGGGCCGUGUUUACGCCAAUAUGGAUUUGGAAAUUCCUGGUUGUCCUCGGUGCAUCAGUUGGGACGUAUGUUUGGUGGCAGUAUCCUCAUUUCAGGUUAGAAGGUGAAGCCUACAUUCACUACAAAGCAAUGUUAAUAAGUCUAGCCAUACAUUUAAUAUUGCUCAUGUUUGAGCUUCUGGUAUGUGACCAGUUGACGACUAGCCGCCAUGUUUGGAUACUUGUCUUCAUACCGCUUAUAUUUAUAAGCAUAGUAUCCAUUGCGAUCUGUAUAUGGUGUGUGAAACAUGAUAGGAGCUAUGAGUUGGAGCUGUUUUGUGCUGUAAAUAUACUGCAAUUCAUAUUUCUGGCAUUGAAAUUGGAUGAAUUCAUAAACUGGUCGUGGGAAGUUGUCUUUGUGCCAUUAUGGAUACUCAUGUGUCUCAGCCUUGUAGGUGAGUGGGUGCUCUACAGUAUAAUAUUCGCCGGUAUUUUGCUGCGAACUCCGGAAGUUAAUAUUCAACAGAGACGAACUAGUUUCAAUUCGGCCUUAGCUUACACUUUCACUGUUAUACCUAUAUUAGUGUUUCAGGUCCUGCUGACGAAUAAGUUGGACGAUGGCCUGUCUCUCACCUACAUAGUGGUCGUGAGCCCGCUGUUUGUGACGUACGCUACCCUCAUCAUCAUGUCGUUCAGCUCUAAAGGCGGAAACAAAUGGUGGUUCGGCAUACGGAAGGACUUUUGUCAGUUCCUACUCUCCGUAUUCCCACUUCUGCAAGAAUACGCGAACAUUGCGUACAAUAACAACGUUAACCGCUCCACGGGCGUACCCACCGACCCCAACCAAGAGCCUUACAGAGACGACGCAAACAGAAAGGUCAAAGAGAAGAAGCAGAAGAAUCAAAAGAAAAACGAAGCUUUGAAGCCAGUUGUGCCUGUGACCAGUAUAGACAUGCCUGAUUGAUUAAUCUUUAACCACAAAACGGGUUAUAAGUGCUGAAAUGUGUGUUCACUUGUUAGAUGUUUGUUCUAUGUAAAUAUCGAGCUUCUAUAUUUAACGAAGCAAUACAGUUUGUUAAGUUUGUUUUAGUGAUGUAACGAAUAUUUUUUUGUCGGGUCUAUUAUCGAUAUUCCCGUAUAUGUUUGUAUACGAGAUAUACGAAUAACGCUCGCUAAGUCUGUAUUCAGCACAUAUUUUGUCAGAUUAAUAAGUAAUUUGAUUAUUCAAAAUCUUAACACUUUAAAUAAACAUUUUGCUAAAUAAUUAGACUGUAGACGUCUUUCAAAAUGAUGUUGUUAUUUAAAAAAAUAGAAAAUAAUAAAUAUGGGCUUAAAACACCACACAGUUUUUUGAAAAUGAAAAACAAUUGGGCUUAUUAGAAUGAAAUGAAUCGCAAAACUUUUAUACACAAGGUUACUUAGGUACUUCUAAGUUCCAUGUUGUGCAACGAAUAUAUUAAGUUGUUGCCAGACAAUGCAGUGCUGUGGCAGAAUAAGUUUUAUAAAUAAAUAAUACACAAGUCUUAUUAUGCAAAUAUUCAAAGUUCUUUUAAGUCAACAUAUGGUUAAUCACAAAAGAAAAUUGUAUGCCAUAUGUAUACUGACUCGAUAUUCAUUACUUCACUAGUUGUUUUAGCAAUAAGCUAUUUUUGUAUAAGUGAUAUUAGAUAUUACAGGAUAUUAGUAAAUAUUUAAUUUGACUAAAAUACGUUUUUUACACAUUGGCCUGAGUGUAGAUACUAUUACCAAAUUGAUAAGUUGAGUUGACAUGUUUCGGUUUGAGUUAAUAAUUUGUUUUGUCUUAAUUUAUUAGGCACACGUUUCAUUGACUCUAAAUCGUUAAAAAUACAAUAUUUUUUUAUUGAUGUCCUUUCAUAGCAAACAAAAUCAAUUUAUAUUUGAUCAAUUUGGUUUGAUAUUUGGUAUUACAUAUAUUUCGAAUGGAGAAUUAUUUAGUGCCUAUUUCACUAUGUUACUAUUAUAAAAAAUAUAAAUGGGUAAUUUGAGGGUUAGUAUUAAAAUAGUUAUAUAAAGUUGCUACAUAUUUUCUGUACAUAAUGUAAAUCCUCACAAUUACUAUUUAUUUAGUACUGGAAGUAAUAUAAAUGUCACGUCAUUGGCCCUACUCCCUAUUAUUUUAGUGCAUUCUAGAAGAUAUCACAGAUUUAUUAAAAUAUUUAUCUCGCACAAAAAAAAAAAUAUGCAUAUCAGACUUGAAAAUAUCUUUAAAUAAAUAAAAUAUCUCCAAAAACUAUGAAUGAAAUAGUAAAAGUUAUAGGUCUUAACAAAUAUUAAGACAUAGUGCGACACAAAAGAGUAGAAAAUAAAUGUAGUCACUUAUUGUCGUUUUUAUAGUAACACUGUGUUCUGUCAUCCACUCAGGACUGUAAGUACCUUGAUACUUGAUAAUAAAAAUAAUUGAUAUUUUGUUCUAGAAGUAGGUAAUAUUAUGUUCUUAUUUUAAAUAAGAUAAGAUGAUCUGUUGAAACUUACUGUAACUACGACACCCUUAUUCGCUGGAGAAAACUUCCAGGAAUGAAUCACUCAAAAGCGCUAGUAAAAUCCUUCAAUAAGAAGGCUGCUUCAGACCUACUAGCGCUAAGUAGGAAAAACCUAUGUAUCUUAGUGCGGGCACUUACCGGACACUGUGGACUCAAUAGACACAUGUUCAAUCUUAAACUCCGGGACACAGAUCUGUGCAGACUCUGCCUAGACGCAGAGGAAACACCUAUGCACAUCUUAUGCAAUUGCCCAGCUCUAAUACAUAAACGCAACCUCCACUUAGGGCAUUACACAAUGGAUCCAGAGGAGGUGAAACACAUCCCAGCCAAGAAACUGCUGCUGUACCUGGCAGCAACCAGUAUUGGAGGGGAUAUCUAGUCAGUGGCGAUCACAAUAGAUCGGCAACGGUCAACGUGAUACAGGACCUCAAGAGACCUGCAGAGCCGCGACAUCAAGAAGAAGAAGAAGAAGAAGAUCUGUUGAAAAUAAUAUUACUGUCCAAAUAAAUUCAUGAAUAUAUUUGGAAAAUACUUACAUCGCUAUUUAGUCGCUAACAUCAUAUUAUGGUUACUAAGAUAGUUAAUUACAUGAUUAACAUUUAUUAAAUUUAAAAGAAAGUAAAUCUCAUCUUAAAAUAUCUUAAAAUUGAUAUUUAUUGUAAAUUCUUCUGGUAAUUAUCCGAAUUUCCAUUAUUAUUUUAAUAAUCUGACAAAACUAUCAAAUAAUCAACAAUAAUUGUUUGCUCUAUAAUGACAGAUCUUUGUGAUAAUGACAGUAAAUUUGGUGUUGCCACACAGCUAGUUUAUUUGUUCCAUUUUUAUUAAAUUCUACUCUUUUAUGCCGCACUAAACUUCUAAUUGAAGCAAUUGUAAAUAGUAUUUAUGAAUGGGUACAAUAAUGAAUUUAAGAUCGUGUUAGCUUAGUAAAAGAUAUUUUUCUUACACAAGCAUCAUCCAUACAUGUACAUUGUAUAUUAACGUUUUUAUCUAUAGUAGUUACCAAGGAGUAUAAAUUUAACUGAUGAAAUGCGUUUUGGUAAACAUAUUAUGGUCUUAGUUAUUUUAUAUAAGCUGAUACAUUGUCAGCCAGUGCUUCUGCCAUAAGUACGAGUAAAUAUGACAACUAUGGACUUAUGGAGUUAGGAUCAUGGUGAUUAUGGUCUUCUUAACAAUGAGACCCUCUAUCGUCUAUGUGGAAAGGGGCUGUAUUUACAAAAAAAAAUUGGGAGAAUAAGAUCAUGUCAUCAGACAGUUCAAAGCAUUUUUUUAAGUAUAUUUGCCAUAUCUUUUAAAUAGUCCCAUUUCCCUCCAACUAGUCGGGAAAGACUGUCCAACUAGUGGGUACGACAAUAGUCCAGCGGAGCGGACCUUUCAAGUAAGCUCUCAUCGAAUUCUGUAAGAUCUCUGAGUAUGACAGUAAAUAAAAAUUUGAAACUUAACCAAACGUAAUAAACCAAAAUAAAAAACUUCAAGAGUGCAGUUAUUAGCUCAUCUGUUAUUUUUCCCACAAUUCAUGUGAUAUUUUGUGUAAAUAUGGAAUAUUUUUUCAGUCUUUUUUUUAAUUAAGUGAAGAUACUCGUAUACACAGUUUUAUUAUUUAAAAUAUCAAUGCAGCUACGUGCAAUAUUUUUAUUUUCUUAAAGGAUUAUGUGAAAAUAUACACAACAUUAUUAUUUGAAAUAUUUCAACGCAGUUAUGUGCAAUAUUUUUAAUUUUUUGUAGCUAAAUCAAAUUCUUUAUCAAAAUUUUAAUUUUGGCAUAUGUAUAGCGAAAAAAGUUUUUCGCUAAAAUAUUUAUGUUAGUAGAUACUGCUAUUUUCAUUUCUGGCACUGAAAUUUAUUAGAGGUGUGAACUCUACAACAUACAAUUAUCUAAAUCGUUAGGAUUCGUCAGAUAUUCGCCAAAUACAAACGAAUUUGUUCUUCAUCGUAUUAAUAUAAUCAAAUUUCGCAAAUGAUGUCAAAGUAGGUAUAGCUCUGUAUCACUUAAUUCUGUGUUAAAUUUUAUCUAUAUAGUUAACUAGAGUAAAUACAGUAAAAUUUCGAUUAUCCUGACGUUAUGGAUUCAUGUUUAUCUGCAUUGUUACUAGUACUCUCAUAUGAGUAUUUUUUGUUCAAGUAAGGAUUUAAAAAUAGAAAUUAAAAUAUGAGCUAAAGCUAAAGAAUAUCGGGUGUCCCGUAAUGAUUGGAUAAAACGCAAAUGGUAGCUACACCACCUAAUUAUCUAAAAGUAAUUAAUUACAAAAGGAGCAUUGAAAAAACUGAUUAAAAAUCCGAAAAAUAAACUAGGUCACCCUAUGGAUUUAUUCAAAACUAUUUAAAUUAAUUGUAUUUAUUUCAGUGAUUUGUGUGUUUUUUCAUUAAUUACGGGACACCCUGUAUAUCCGGAUUUCUAGUAUCUUAAUGCGUAACGACAACAAUUAUACUAGUUUAUCGAGGAUUGUAAUAUAGUUUUCUUUUUUUUUACUAUGUAACCUUAAUAGAUAUGCGAUUCAAUGUUUACGAUAAGUAACUCAAGACCCAUUUAUGAUGUCGUGACUAACCAUAAUCCAUAACUGCUCACUAAUAUUUCAUGCAGGUAGAAUAAACUCUAAAUGAACACGAAUGCUUUAUUACAACGUCAUGCUAUAUGUUUUGUGUUUUUCAUGGCUAAUGUAUUAUUCGUAAAACGAACUCUGCAAUCUACAUCAUCUAAACAGAGGAAUAAAAACCAUGCACUUUUUAUGUAAAUGUAUGCGUUUUGGAAGUUAGACUACGAUCUAACUCGAUGUUAUGUAAAGAUUUAGUCUUAGAUGUUUGCGAUACCAAUUUGUUGAUGCCCUUGGUACACGGUACCGUACCGGAACGCUUAAUCGUUUGGCGCUAUGUGUUUACCGAUAGGGUGGUAACUAUCCAUGGCCGAAACCACCAGACUUGACCCAUUCAUCAACAUCAAUACAUACUUGUAUGUAAAUAAAAUUGAAGUAUCUAUCUGUGUCUAUUUCAACAACAACUAAGUUUUUGCAAAUUUUAAUAGUUAGAUAGCUAGUCAAACUUAAAAAACAUGACUGUCUGUCUAUCUGUCUAAAUGUUUGUUUGUCCGGGGUAAUCUCUGGAAAGGCUAAACCGAUUUAAAUGAGACUUUACUGGUAGAUAAUGGAGAUCAUUGAGCAACACAUAGGUUACAUUUAAGCCCGGAAAAUGUUUGGUUUCACUCUGACAAAGCCGCGGGCGUCCGCUAGUAAAAUAUAAAAUCCUGAAUUGACCCAUAUAAUUAAAUCAUAGCAAGCCAUUCGAUACAGAGUCAGAAAGGUCGUUCAAAUCAAGUUAAGUUUUGAAAACAGUUUAGAACUUGCUUUGAAACAAAUGUAAGUACAAUCAACAGGUGCUUACUUUUCUAUGUUUUGCCAAUAACAUCAUAUCUAUCCAUAACAACAUUAUACUAAAAGGAACUAUUUUAAAUUUAAAUUGUUUAGUAUCACAACUUCUGAAGCACUUAGUAACCUAUUUCCUGUAAAAAGUUAUUCUACUUUUGAAACAUUGUUCCUGUUAAAAGUUAUCCGAACUUAGUACAGGGAAUAUGUUUCAACCUUACCCUACUUAACCAGUUUUUAUAUAAUUUUUUUUUACUUUUUAUCCUAAAUUAUAAAAUAAGGUGCAUCUUGAAUACUUAACAUUACGUUUCAUUGUUGCCUAAGCACAAUGCUUUUACAUAGUACAGUCAACUAGCUAAUUUAGUAUUUUUUGUGUGAUCGGAAACAGAAUCAAUUAAAAAAAUAGGUAGUAGAAUUUAAGUAGAACUUGACUGUACUUUGGGAGCUUAUUUUGUUAAUAAUAGGUAAUAAUAUGUUAAGUAGCAAUUAGAGAUUGCAAUAUGAGUAUUGUUAUAUAAAAUGUAGAUGUGAAUAAAAUGUACAGGUAAUUCAAGAAAAUGUUAUGCAACGUGUAAUAGAAGUCCGAAAUAAUUUAAUUCUAUGUAUAAUUCUCGAGGCAUAAAGACACCUUAAGAUAAUCUUUCUUAACUCUCCGGUAUUAUGUAUUGAAUGUAUUAGUUUAGAAGCUAUUUUGAAAAGUCUAGUUUGUAUACAUUUGUAGAUUCUACUAUACCGUUUUGGAAUACUGUAUAUAUAUAAAAAGGGUAUAAAUUACUUACACUUCUGAAUCUAUACUUAUAAUAAAUCUGUAGAGAGGUCAAUUCUGUACAUGAAAUAUAUUUCCAAAAUAACUAUCAAGGGGUGAUUAGUGAUCGAUACUGAUGCAAAAAAUACAAUCAGUAAAAAUUUUGUCUGUCUGUCUGUAUGUUCGUUAUAGAAACAAAAAAUACUCGACGGAUUUUAACGAAAUUUGAUACAAUUGUUCUUCAUACUCCUGGGCAGGUUAUAGUAUACAUUUCAUCAUGCUACGAUCAAUAGGAGCAGAGCAGUGAAGGGAAAUGUUGGGAAAACGGGAGAGGUUACUCCAUUUUUAAGCUUCCGUCGCGUGUCCAGCCUUAAUGGGUAGGGUAGGUUAGGAUAGGGUAGAGUAGGGUUAGGGGUUGAAAUUCUACAUCGACUUUCACGCGGACGAUAUCGCGGGCGUCCGCUAGUAAUUAAUAAUUAUUUCGGACUUGCUAUACACCCUGUAUAUUAAAUCAAAUAAAUUGUUUACUGUGAUAUAUUCUUCCUGAAGUUGCUUCGCAAUACUGUACGGACGAUUAGCAAAUUAUUUUUUAUUAAAUUAGUAUCAUUUAUUUAUUGUUCGUCAAUAUAAAAAUACUUGUACAAA